AUGGAAACAACAACUGUAGAUGAAGUUAUCAUUAAUUUCGUACGAGACAAUACAUGUCUCUACGACAAAAAAGACGUUAAUUUUAAAAAUAUUAAUAAAAAAAAAGAUUUGUGGCAAGUUAUAUCAGGACAAUUAAGAAAUUUAUAUGAUAUAGAUAUGACAGCUGAUACGGUGGAAAAACGUUGGUUGUCAUUAAGAGAUAUGUUCAGUAGAGAAGCUAGAAAAAAGUUAUUGCCAUCGGGAUCAGGUUAUCAACCUAAAAAAGAAUGGGAACUAUACAAAAUGAUGCUUUUCUUAUCUCCUCAUAUAGCACACAGACGAACAAAAACGUCACUACCAUGCCGAUUGAGUUGUUUAGUACCCUCGGAGACUGAAAUAAAUAAUUCUUCAAGUUUUGAUGGAUCUGUUCCUUCUCCAAUAGCAGACUAUGACAAUAUUGAAAGUGAGAAAGAAAAUAACAUACCAAACGAAAAUGAAGUGAUUAUGACAGUUGAUUAUCAAUCUGAAUCAAGUCGUCCUCCUAGUGUAUUAUCUAGCUUUUCCUGCAGCAGUAGUUCAUCUAACAUAUCUAAGAUACACUUUCCGAGAACAUCAAAUUUUGGUACACAGAAUGCAAUAAGUUCUCCAUUUAAGAAUAUAAAAAGUGUAACGCCUGAAUUUGAUACUUUUGCAAAACGUCGAAAACAAAAGGAUCUACUAAUUGACCAACAAUUAUCCGAAGCGUCUUCUGCAAUAUCUCAUGCUGUACAAUCAAUUUCAUCUCAUGUGUUAAACGAAAAUAAAAGUGGUUACAUAUUAGCUAUAGAAGAAGGUAAAUAA